AUGGCUGUCUCCCAAGCGGUCCCCCAAGAGCCGUGUACAGCCCAGUACCUCAACUCGCUGAACACAGACUCCAGGACACCUGCAAAAUCCGACGUCGUCGUCGUUGGCGGAGGCAUCCAUUCUUUGAUUUACGCCAUACACGCUCAGAAGAAGUUCCUGGCAUCAGCAGUAGCGGCGUCGAGCGCGACCGCUCCUUCGAUAACUGUCCUGGAAAAAUCCGAAAGUCCGAGCUACAAGAUCGGAGAGAGCACACUGACAGUAUUCGGACUAUGGCUCAAGACUAUCGGCGUAGGUUCGGCCUUGCUGUGGCGGUUGUUUGGGCCAAAGGACGGCCUUGCCUUCUAUUACCUUGACCACAGCAACCCGAACGAGUGCGGUACAUUCAGUGCUAAUGGUCCGCCUGGAGACUUCGUACCUACGCUCCAGAUCGAGCGCAAGAUCAGUGAGCUGCUGCUCACUUUGUACGCCCAGAGACUUGGUGUCAGAGUGCUGCACGGCCACAACGUGGAUGUAGAUGCCACGGUGCUGCCAAAGGAGCACUGUCACAGUCAGGUGGAGAUGAAGGUGUCCACUGGGCAUGAUGAUGCGACGACAAUACGGACCAACCUCCUGGUUGAUGCCACAGGCCGGUUCAGACGGUUCGCGUCCAAGGCCUCAAGGAAACAGAUAUUACCGGGCUUCAACACGGAUGCGUUCUGGGCGUAUUUCGAAUGCCCGGGCGACGAGUCCGAGAUCCCGCUGCCGAGCUAUGAGUCCUGCAACACGAACCAUAUCUGCCUACCUGAGGGCUGGGCUUGGGUAAUUCGCCUUCCGAGCUGGGAAGAAAGCCCAGUCGAGAACCUUGCCGCAAUGAUCAACUUCCUGCUUGAUCUGAACGCGCAAGACGUCCAUCCCGAUGAGUAUCCCUCCUCCAUGGAACUAGCCAAGAGAUUCGGCCUCAAGUUCCGCUGGGUCGUGAGCAUCGGCUACGCACUCCGCGACGACGUCGUCUACCCCUCAGACAUGUCUUCCUACGGCUCGUGCGAGGCCGAGCGAAAGUUCAACUGGAUCACCGGCCGCUACGCCCUGAUGAAGGGGCUCAUGGACAAGCACCGCCUGGUCCAAGACCUCUACGGCCCCAAGUCGACGUGGUUCAUCCGCAAGGGCCUGACGUACCAAUCGCCCACCGUAGCCGGGCCACGCUGGGCCGCCAUCGGCGACGCCGCCGGCUUCACCAACCCGCUCUACUCGCCGGGGAUCAACUGUAACAUGGCAACCAGCAUCUACCUCGCCGAAGCGACGCAGAAGUACCUCUCCGGCACGAAGCCGGACCAGGCAAAGCAGAUGAUGGCGGCGUACAACCGCUUCUGCGCCGGCCGCGUCCCGAACCUGCACCGCAUGAACCGCUUCAACUACCUGCUGAUGCGGUCGCCGAAGACGGGGCCCCUGGGCCCGCUGUGGCAGUACCUUUGCGGCACCGGCAACGAGCACUGGCGCAAGAUGCGGACCUACACCCUAGCAGACGUGGCCGAAGUGCUGACGAGCUGGGAAUGGGGCGCGAACAGGCCCGAGUUCAUCGCGUUCGCCGACCGCGCGAUCGCGAUCAUGGACGGCCCGCCGUCAAGGGCCGAGCCCGAGGCUGUGGCCGCCCUGCUGGAGCUGUCGGCGCGCAUGGUGGCGGAGGCGCUGGCGUCCGACAAGUACGAAGGCCGCUGGGCGGGCCUCCUGCGCUGGUACGACGACGAUCUGGUUCGCUGUCCCGAGAAGACGGAGAGGGAUGUGCUGGCGAGGCGGUGCGAGGCGUGUCGGAAUUGGCGGAUAUUAAGGGGUGAUUGUUGCAGGUGUCCUACUUGUGGUGCUGCGAAUACGAGGAAUGAGAUAGUGAAGUUGGAUGACUCGGGGAAAGACGGAAGAUGA